GAACAACAAGAUCAAUGUAAGGUGAACUCUAGUUUCUCCUUUAACUUCAACGAGGGAGACUCCAAAAUGAUCCCAGAUGUUAAGGUGAAUUGUACUCAGGCUUUUACCUUAUGGCGCAAUAGUUUUUCUGAUAUAUGGGAUGAGCUACAACUUGAAGAUCGUGAUGAUGAUACAACAGAUUACAAGUUACACAAGAAUCCUAUCAGUGGAGCUUUUGACUUUCUAAAUUCGAAUAAAAAUAUUUUUAAUGUUAGCUUUUUAAUUUACAAACGUGACAAUAGAGAUCAGAUCAACAUGAGCCGCACUCCUCGUUCUGUAAAUAUGGUAUGUGUCUAAAUCUUGUUAUUGCUUAUCUCUAAUUGUUUUCUUUGGACAUCAUAUCCCGUUUUCUAAUAAUAAUGUAUAUAACAUAAUUAAGCAGAAAAAUCUUUCCAACAUUUUGUUUUAUCACGCAAAGUAAACUUUAGAGUCCAAACACGUACUUCAUUUAUUGGUACUCUAGUAGAUUUGAACAGCAGAAACUUGCUUUAGUCAUUACCAUUUAAAAACUAACUGCAUCAGUAAAUUUUACGAAGUU